CGUGAAUUGGUCAAACUGCGCCCCCGAAAAACUCACAGCAUCAAACGAUUUCCAGUCUCACCUGUUUCAUGCCCCGCCAACAGACCCCGCCCUCGCCGAGCCGGCAGGCCCAGCAGCAGUGACGCCGCUCCCGGAAUGAGUUCAGCGCAGUGGAUCUCUUUAGCGGCCCGCCUCCUGCUUGAGUGCUCGACACCCACCCACUCCGGGACCUGAACACGCGAGCUUAAUUGGGACAAAACACCACCCACCCACGAAGUAUACAACCACCCAUGAGGACAAGUUACCGUGAUUUUGUAGUUUUGUAGACAUUGACAUCGGAAUUCCCAACUGCUGCGCCACCCACUUCAAUUCCUCAAUCGCUACCGCGACAACAGCUCAUCCGCUUCACCCUCCCCUCGCCCUCCCAUCGCGUGCCCCAAACAUCAACUCAUCUAUCCGCCAUGGACCACUCUUCCCACGAUCAUCACCACAUGAUGGACCACUCGUCCCACGCCGACCAUGGCGACAGCGGCCCCAUGUGCAACAUGAAUAUGCUCUUCACAUGGGAUACAACCGACCUCUGCGUCGUCUUCCGCCAAUGGCGCAUCACGUCCACGCUGAGCCUCGCCGUCUCGCUGGUCGCCGUGGUGGCCAUCUGCGCUGGGUACGAGGCCCUGCGCGAGGGUAUCCGGCGGUAUGAGGCAGAGCUGUCCCGCAGGGUCGACACCGCGCCGCGCCAGAACCGAGAGCAAAUCACGCGGCAAGCCCACGUCACCAAGGCGGUGCUGUACGGCAUCCAGAACUUCUACGCUUUCAUGAUCAUGCUCAUCUUCAUGACCUACAACGGGUGGGUGAUGAUCGCGGUGUCGGUGGGCGCCGGGCUGGGCUACCUCGUGUUUGGCGGGCAGACCCCCGUGACCAAGGAGACGGCCUGCCAUUGAGGAGCGUCAGCACACCAUUUUGUCGGCGAGAAGAUGGAGACCGGCAGCCCCGUAGAGGGAUUCCCUUCCCACCUAGUCUACACCUAUAUCUACCUCGCAUCUUCUUUCUAUUCUACUUCUCAAAACAGCGGAGCCAAAACCCAACCGAUCAGUCUACAUCUUACUCGGCUCCCCCUUCUCCUUUUCCUUCUCCUUCUCUUUCGCCCUCUUCGCCUCCGCCUCCUUCGCCUUCUUCCAGUCCUCGGCCGACACCACACUCCCCGCCCUCUUCUUCUCCCCCAUACGACCGAUACUCGCCAGCGUCUCAAUGAUGCCCUCAUCCCCAAAAUGGCGGUUGUGCUCAAACUCGGGCCGCUCGGCGUACGCAACGGUCGCGGCGUCGACCAGCAUGCGCGCCGUCAUGCCCCACACCUUGUAGCGCUCCAGCUCCCCUCCCCCCGCCACCUUUUUCUUUCCGGCCCCAUCCCCAUCCCCAUCCCCAUCCCCAUC